AUAAAAGUUGAAGGUCUCCAGGAUUUUCUUGCGUUCUUACCUUCUGCAGACUCUUGUUCUCAUCUGAAAGAAAAAUGAAGACAUUUGCUGCAGUCCUCAUUUGCCUGGGAAUCUUUUGGGCUCAGACUUCUGCAUUGGACACCUUUGUGCUGCGAGAUCCUGUCAGCAACUAUGUCACUGGGACUAUGACCAUCCACAGCGAGGAGCACAUCGUUGACGUCCAUGUCCGCUCUGGCGUGUACUCCUCUGAUACCAUUUUUGACUACACACAUGGGUAUAUUGCCACCAGGUUGUUUUCACGAAAUGCCUGCUUUAUCAUGAAAAUAAAGAAGGAAUACAUCCCAGAGCUGCGAGAGAUUGGACGUCUGGCUUUUGAAAGAGAGACCAUGAAGGAUGUCUACUCUCCGAAUAAUGUGUGGGCCCAGUUCCAAGAUGGCAGUUCCUGGGUGGGGCAUUUGAAAGACUGGGUUCUCUAUGGCAAACACAUUGAAAAUCUCUGCACGGGGCUGCCUCUCUACAAGCUCGUAGCCACUGAAGCACCAGUGAAUGUUGGUAACUGUGCCAGUGCCGGAAUUCCAAGCAUUUUGGGCAUUAAAAUCUGUGAACAACUCAUUGCAGCUGGAUCUUGACGUUCUUGUUGCUAGGAAAUGCCUUGUUUCUUUGCAUGUUCAGUGAUGUUAUGUAACCAUGUUCUCCAGCUGGAACAGAACUUGGAUGCAAGGCUCAACCUGCCUAUGCAAAGCUUUGAUGCAUAACAAGCCUAUGAUAUACAAAUAAAUAUAAUGCUUUAAUAAAUAAA